AACAGAGGCUUCGGGCAUAUAUAAGACUGAAGAUCUCUCAGUUAAGACCACAAGCAAAGGAUGGUUUCUUGGGACUUCCAAAAACUUAAAAUCAUGAAACCUCUAUUACUGCUACUAUUGUGUGUUUUUAUAAUUAAGGCCCAAGCUGCCAUUGACUACGAUGAGGACGAAGAUGGCAGACCUAAGGUUCAUGUGGAUGCCCGUGGUCAUCGGCCCUAUGACAAGAGGAGGGAAGAGGCUCCCAGCCUGAGACCUGUCGCCCCUCCCAUCAGUGCAGGUGGCUAUCAACCUCGUCCAGCCAAAGUAGCUAUUGGCCAGAAGAAAGUGGAGAGAAAACCCCCUGAUGCUGGGGGCUGCCUGCAUGCUGAUCCGGACCUGGGUGUGUUGUGUCCUACAGGAUGUCAGUUGCAAGAUACUCUGCUGAAACAGGAAAGACCAAUCAAAACCAGUAUAGAAGAGCUGAAUAGUAACAUAGACUCUGUUUCCCAGUCCUCUUCUUCCACCUUUCAGUACAUGACUCUGCUGAAACGCCUGUGGAAAGACAGGCAGAAGCAAAGAAGAGAUAAUGAAAAUGUCAUAAAUGAGUUCUCGUCCGAGCUGGAAAAGCACCAGCUCUAUAUAGAUGAAACUGUGAACAGCAACAUCCCCACUAACUUGCGUGUGCUCCGUGCCAUCCUGGAAAACUUGAGAAGCAAAAUACAGAAAUUAGAAUCGGAUGUCUUGGCUCAGAUGGAAUACUGCCGUACUCCAUGUACCGUCACUUGCAAUAUUCCUGUGGUGUCUGGCAAAGAAUGUGAGGAAAUUAUCAGGAAUGGAGGCGAAACAUCUGAAAUGUAUCUCAUUCAGCCUAGUGAUUCCAUCGAACCCUAUAGAGUGUACUGUGAUAUGAAGACAGAAAGAGGAGGAUGGACAGUAAUUCAGAACCGUCAAGACGGUAGUGUUGACUUUGGCAGGAAAUGGGAUCCAUAUAAGCAAGGAUUUGGAAAUAUUGCAACCAGUGCAGAUGGGAAAAAAUAUUGUGGCAUACCAGGUGAGUAUUGGCUUGGAAAUGAUAAAAUUAGCCAGCUUACCAGGAUGGGACCCACAAAGCUUUUGAUCGAAAUGGAGGACUGGGAAGGAGGCAAGGUGAAGGCAAUCUACGAAGGAUUCACUGUGCAGAACGAAGCCAAUAAAUACCAGAUCUCGCUGAGCAAAUACAAGGGAACAGCUGGCAACGCCCUCUUGGAAGGAGCCUCUCAACUGGUGGGAGAAAACCGAACCAUGACAAUCCACAACAGCAUGUUCUUCAGCACCUACGACAGAGACAACGACGGCUGGAAAACGACAGAUCCCAGAAAGCAGUGUUCUAAAGAGGAUGGUGGUGGAUGGUGGUAUAACAGGUGUCAUGCAGCCAAUCCAAAUGGCAGGUACUACUGGGGCGGAUCUUACAGCUGGGACAUGGCAAAGCAUGGCACGGAUGACGGAGUGGUGUGGAUGAACUGGAAGGGGUCCUGGUACUCGAUGAAGAAGAUGUCGAUGAAGAUCAGGCCCUUCUUCCCAGAGCAAUAGUCUCCCAAACAUAGAUUCUUCUUCUUCCACAUGUAACAAUAUUUUUGUAUACCAUGUCAACAGAGUUUUCUUGCCUACAUUAUAUCCCCCUAAAGCUAUCAAAACGUAUAGUGGGUGUGUGAAUUUUUGGAAAAAGUAUCCAAGAUAAACCACAUUAAAAACAGCACAUGGUUUUCUUUCAUAGUCAUCAUUCCUAUGGUGCAACCAAGAAAUCACUAACACAGGAUCAUUGUGGGCAUGGUUCAUGAUUUCCAUUCUGGUAGAUCGUGAAAAGUUUCAAAUCAGAAAGAGGAAUUUUUUAGACUUGUGGGAACACUGUGAGGUGAACUAAAAAAGAAGUUGUGUUUCAAAGUCCACUUUUGAACCUCUAUUUAUUUAUGUAAGAUCAGUCACAGAAAACUCAGAAAGAUUUAUUCAUUAAACUGGUUUCUCUUACAAUAAAU